AUGUUUAACUGGCUCAACUCUCCUCAACUCCCAGACACCAUCGAAACCCAGGCCUUUCGAUCCAUCUCUGGAGGCCCCACCCUCAGGGUCAACGCCAUCAAUGAUCGGACCCAUAGGAUGAAGCUUGUUCCUUGGGAGGAUAUUCUCGAGGUCUUUCCUAACGCUAUCUAUCUCCGUGAUGCUAAUGGAAUCGUCAUGCCCGCAAGGAAUAACACCUUCAAGAGGAUUACUCCACGAUCAAUAAAAUUACAGUCGGAUGUCGUCCUGGAAGUCGUCUCCGCACAAGAUAUCCCACCUGCUUCUACAAGACCAGCCAAUAUCACAAAAACAGAGGACCUUGCCAAAGAAUCGUCAUUAUUACCUGCAGUAACAGGUUCCUCGUCCGCUGAUCGCUGGUCCUCAGAACAGGAGGCCCGCAAUGCUAGGAUAUCCACAUCAACAACAGAAUCCAAUCGAGGCAUCACAGGGUCGUCGCAACAGCAUCAACAGCAUGACGAGGCCGAAUCGGAUUGGUCACCCUUCCAGGCCAACUCUGCCUCCACAUCCACAUCUUCGGCACAAACAGAACUUUUGCGCCAGGAAAUGAUCCAUCGCAUGGAGCUCUUAUCUGCUGAACAAGAGGAAAGGUUAGAUAUCGUCCUCAAGGCCUAUCGCAGGCCUACUCGGUCAUAA